AUGCAAGCAAGGCCAUGGAUCACUGUUCUUCUUCGGACAAAGCGACCCCCAAGAAAACCUUUAUGGAAAUUCGAUCAUCUACCUAAUACUAUACCAAAUAUCAACCAGAGCUCUCUCAAUUACCCCGCAUUAAUUUCAUCAUGGGUGAAUGUGGCUGCGCUUGUGGCUCUUCCUGCCAGUGUCCCUCUGGGCAAUGCAGUUGCAAAUAAACAUGCCCUUGUAAUGCCCAGCCAGGCAUAUCUUCCUCCUUCGUUCGAUUUCCAGAUUCCCCGAUUGAUCGAGGGAGCAGGUUGUUAUUAUUCGACUCUCAAAUGACGUGGGAAGUAGCGUUUUCCUGUUACCAGGCCUCCGUGAACGGUAUACGUCAAUAAUCGUCAUUUAUUUUUCUGCUAUGGAAGGGGGUGAUUAGUAUCUGCGGACAAUAUGGCUGGUGUUUUUAUAGGGAGGCUAUUUACCGUAGUUCCGUAAAGAAAGAGACACUUGAAACUUCUAUUUGUUAUUCUGUAUGCGUUAUAAGUCUGCCCGCCUGCAAAUUUUGUGGUGCUGAGGCCCUCACCUUGCUCACCCACUUUCGCCUCUUAUAAACAUCAAGGGAACCUUCAGAUCACUGUCCACUCGUUUUAAGGCUGAAGAUGGAAUAAUACCUGGUAUUAGAUUUAAUCCUUGUUCUACCAGCUGUUCAAGCUUCUUAUGUUCUCAACGUUUCUAGGCGUUCAUUUUUCGCUAGUAGACGUUUGAAUCAAGUAUCUACUUCCACAAGGGUGUCAACGAAGGUCUCAUUGAUUUUGACCAACAACUGAUGUUCGGACGGCCGCGCUAUUUUGGAAAGCCCUAUUUGUACUUCCAUGCGAAAGUGUUAUAUCUCGAGAGCAUUGUGUCGUCCCAGGCUGUACUACCCAUGAAACUAAUGUACUUCAUUCCCAUGUUCAUGCAUCUUCUUGUAGGAUGAGGCUUUUAAUAAAAAACGUUGUUUCCCCCAUCACA